UUUGCCGCAGUCAGGCGCAGCGGGGGCAUCUGUUGUUGGGGUCCUCUCGUUGGGACAAGAUGGCGGUGACCUGCGGUUGGCGGGUGGCGAGUAUUCUGCAUGAGAAAGUCCGGCCGUCGUGGGUGACGCCGGUGCGGUGGUCACGAUACAAUCGCUAUUACCUGGAGCCUGUGAUCACAAAGGAACGGCAUCGGACUCCAGUCACCGAGCUCGACACGGAGGAGAGGGCAGCCCUGGAACAAAAGGCGGUUCAACCAAUAAAGGCUGCGCCAAGUGACAAAACCAGCAGUGUCUUCAGUAACCCCGUGAUCAACAAAUUCAUCAAUAUGAUGAUGAAGGGAGGUCAGAAAAUGCUGUCGCGGUCAAUCAUGAACCAGACUCUUGAAUUGAUGAAACGGAAGCAGAUUGAGAAUUACCACAAAGCUCCUGACUCUGAAAAGGAUGUAAUUGAAUGUAAUCCACACAAGAUCUUCCAUCAAGCUCUGGAAAAUUGUAAGCCUGUUAUAGGGUUGACCAGUGUACAACGAGGUGGCAAGUCUUACCAGGUUCCGACACCGCUUAAGGACAAUCGCCGUCGUUUUCUGGCCAUGAAAUGGUUAAUUACAGAGUGCCGUGACAAUCGGCACCGACGAACUCACAUGCACGAGAAGUUAUCCCAGGAACUGCUUGCUGCCUUUAAAAAUGAGGGGAAUGUGAUCAAACGGAAACAUGACCUUCACAAAAUGGCAGAGGCUAAUCGAGCCUUUGCCCACUACAGAUGGUGGUGAGAUGUAGUACAGAUGGAGCUCCGAACUUAGCAAUUCGAGCUGGAAAGAAUGGUGCAAUCUCUCCAGCUUGGUGUUUAAAGUGUACACUGUGCAGUUAUCUUGGUGCAAAUACCCCCCCUAUGGACUGACCAUGUCUGCCCCAGAUGGCCUGGGUUGGUUGGGGUUGUAUGGUGACUCUGGCAUCAUGUAUGUGCUGAGGGGAGGGGCGAUUUGUUGUCUAGUGUGGGGAGUGCUCUGUGGCAGACCAUGGGCUGGGGCACUGCCAGGUGCAAAGAGUGACCAGCGUCCCUGGCUGGAGGAUGGACGCUGUGCUCGAGGAAGGAGGUGACAGUGACACUAACAUAUGAGGAGUGACUGACACCAGGCCUACCUCUGAGGCUCUUAAUGACCUGUUUAAUUUUUUUUUAACUCUUUACAAACACAGCAGAGAUAUCCCAGGGAGAUAAUAGUCCACGGGAAGUGAGAAGCUGUAAAGGAAGUUUCAGCUCCCAUUGAAGUGCCCGGGAAAUGUCACCAUUGCACUGGGCAUUUUUCUUCACAUUUGCACCUGCCCACAACGUUUUAAUCUUCGUAAAUGGUUUCUUAAAUCUCCAUGAAUCAGCAAUGCCAAUCCUUCACAGUGCAAAUGUACCUUGAUUCAACUUUUGGGUGCAAGCACUGACCUGUAUUGAAUCCAUUGUUUGGCUGUGCAUUCACUUUCUCUACUAAUGUCACUUUUCUAAUGUGCCAUCUAUUCAGAGGUGUUCAAAAUCAGGAAGGAUUCUAAAUUUAGAUGAAAUAAACAGAUGAUUUUAUUUGUUUUAAUACUAGUGUGGUAAGGAUUUAAGGCAAGAUCCAGUGAUUCUCACAAUGUGUGUUUAGCUUAGGACACACUGCCUCAUACGAUGGUAUGUUUCAAUAAUACAGGAAAAACACAACUGCAUUGUCUCCCACAGUCAUCGCACACUUAAUGGCCUGAAUGACUUUGGUUAAGAAAGCAACCCAGGGACACCUUUAUGGGCAGUUAGGGGUGGGAAUUAUUGGCUUUGUCAGCGAUCUGGCGUAGACUGAAUACAUUUUAAAAACCAUAAUGUGCAGAAGAUGCUCUGGGUCCUGAUGCUGGCGUCUGACCGGAAAUACUGGGUGUUAUUGUACUUGGGAGGCCUCCAGUCAAGGGACAAUCCAAUCCAAUUCAAUGAGAACCCGGACAACUAUUAACUGAGCCAUGGACAGAGAUGAGGAAAUGCAUUUUGGCUGUCCAAGAUUACCAGAGGGAGCAUUCUGACUGCACAUUGCAUAUUUAGUUUGAAAAUGUGAUCAUAAGACAUAGGAGCAGAAUUAGGCUACUCAGCUCAUCAAGUCUGCUCCACCAUUUCAUCACGGCAGCUUUGACACCCUGAUUAACCAAGAACCUAUCACCCUCUGCCUUAAAUAUACUCAGUGACUUGGCCUCCACAGCUGUCCAUGGCAAUGAAUUCCAAACAUUCAACACUCGCUGGCUAAAGAAAUUCCUCCUCAUCUCCACUCUACAUGGACAUCCCUCUUCUGAAUCUGUGCCCCUGGUCCUAGACUCAACCACUACAGGAAACGUUCUCUCCAUGUCUACUCUGUCUCGGCUCAAUAUUUGGUAGAUUUCAAUGAGAUCCCUGGGCAAGUACUGGCCCAGAGCCAUCAAACACUCCUCAUAUGUAUCACGCACAGUUCAGCUGGGUCUCCUAAAAUAGUUUUUUCAAAAAACCACAACAAAUUCAGAGUGAAUCAAAUUAUUAGCACAUAAUAUUUACUUGCGAGGGAAGAUCUAUUUCCAUACAUUAAGUUGGUAGCUUAAUCCUAUAGCUCAAAAAAACCCACUUUUAUAUUUUUACAGAGAUAAGUAAUUAGGUGGCUCCAUCCCAUUACGGCAUUCCUCUGUUAUCUGGAUCCAUGCAUUUGUUCUUUAAUCAGUCCAUUUUUCUUUUAAGGCUUAUCCCCCCCAUGAGAGCUGUGUCUUGUUUUUCUCUGUAGUCAAAACAUUCUUUAUUAUAAAUAUACCCGCUUUCAUAAAAACACACAGACUGCUUGUAAGCCUCCAUCCAAACCAGCAAAGCACUCUGUGAUCACAAAGGUUCCUUUAUGACACAAUACAUUUAACAAAAGUCACAAAUUCAUAAAGACUUUGGGGUUACAGAUAUAUUUCCACAUACGUUAACACUUUCAUUCCCAGAGUCAUUCUCAUGAACAUCCUCUAGACCCCCUCCAAUGCCAGCACAUCUUUUCUUAGAUAAUCAGCCCAAAACUGCUCAUAAUAUGCCAACUGUGGUCUUACCAAUGCGUUUAAAGCAUUAGCAUCACAUCCCAUUCUAGUCCUUUGCAAAUGAAUACUACCAUUGCGUUUGCCAUCCUUACUAAUGACUGACUCAACCUGCAAAUUGACUUUUAGGGCAGGUGUUCCCAACCUUUAUAAUGUCAUGGACCAAUACCAUUAAGCAAUGGGUCCAUGGACUGCAGGUUGGGAUCCCUUGUCCUAAAGUUUAGGGAUCCUGUUCUAGGACUCCCAAAUCCCUUUGUAUCUCCAAUUUCUGAAUGUGCUUCCUGUUUAGGAAAUUAUCUGAGCCUUUAUUCUUUCUACCAAAGUACAAGACCAUACUCUUCCCUGCGCACUAUUCCAUCUGCCAUUUCUUUGCCCAUCUAAUCUGUCCAAGUCUUUCUGCAGACUCCCUGCUUCCUUAACAUUACCUGCCCCUCCACCUAUCUUGGUAUCAUCUGCAAAUUUCCAUUCUUUGCCUUCUGCCAGUCUAUCUUCUGUUAAUGCUAGUAUCUUCCCAACUACUGAAAGCAAGCUAACUGGCUUAUAAAUUCCUUUCUUCUACCUCCCUCCCUUCUUAAAGAGUGGAGUAACACUGGCAAUAUUCCUGUCCUCUGGAACCAUUCUGGAAUCUAGAUAUUCUAUAAAGAUCAUUACUAAUGCUUCCACAAUCCCUUCAGCUACUUCGUUCAGAAGUUUGAUUGCCAAGCACCUUCUCAUUAGUAACAGCAUCUACACUCACUCCUGUCCCCUGACACUUUCUGGCAUACUGCUAGUGUCUUCCACAGUGAAGUCUGAAGCAAAAUGCUUAUUAAGUUUGUCAGUAUUUCUCUAUCCCUUAUUACUAUCUCUGUGGUGUCAUUUUCCAGCAGUCCAAUAUCCACUCUUGCCCUUUUAUAUACUUUUUAUAAUAUCGGGAAAAUCUUUUGGUGUCCUCUUUGAUAUUUUUGGCUAGUUUACCUUCAUAUUUCAUCGUUUCAUGUUUUUUUUUAGUUGCUUUCUGUUGGUUUUUAAAAGCUUCCCAAUUCCCUAACUUCCUACUGAUUUUUGCUAUAUUAUAUGCCCUCUCUUUUGCUUUUAUGCUGCCACCCACAGCUGCCUCAUUGUCCUUUUGGAAUACUACUUCAUCUUUGGGAUGUGUCUAUCCUGCACCUUCCGAAUUGCCCCAGAAGCUCCAGCCGUUGCUAUUCUGCCAUUAUCUUUUUAAAAAGGUUUUAUUUUUUAACCAACAGAGCCACAACACCCCACCCCCGCCUACUUGCCUGUCCUUUUGAUACAGGGUGUAUUCUUGGAUGUUAAGCUCAAAACUAUUCUCUUUUUUCAACCACAUCUCAGUGACGCCCACAACGUCAUACCUGCCAAUUUCUAACUGUGCUACAAGAUCAUCUACCUUAUUCUGUAUACUGUGUCCAUUCAAAUAUAACACCUUCAGUUAUAUUCAUUACCACCGUGUACACUUCACCUCAUCCCACUGUCACGUACCCCAUGACGGGUUAAAGAACCAGCAGAAAUGGAAAAGAUAGAUAUACUUUAUUGAUCCCGAGGGAAAUUGGGUAUCCAAAUCCAAAAACACUUUGGAGUCUGGUAUUGUUAUUCACUAAUACUAUUUAUUAGUAACUACGCAAUACAGUAAUAUAAAUGCAGAUAUAUCAAACAGGUCAGCAAUGAUUUUAUAUAUGGAAAUAUAAAAAACAAGCUUCUUCAAGCCUCAGUAAAUGGAUACAGUCUUCGACCAGCUAAGCAUGGAGCAUUCUCAUUCCUUUGAGGUCAACCACACUGUGUCAUCUGAUCUUUAUCCUUGAAGUUAUCGAGCAUGUUAUUUUAAAUACAAAAUAAUCUGCAGAUACUGGGGUCAAAGCAACACUCACAACACGCUGGAGGAACUCAGCAGGUGGGGCAGCAUCCGUGGAAACGAUCGGUCGACAUUUUGGGCCGGAACCCUUCGUCAGGACUGAAGAGGGAAGGGGCAGAGGCCCUAUAAAGAAGGUGGGGGG